AACAUUGAGAUAAAGUGUAUUGGUGUAAGGAAGAAGUAUUAGCACAAAGUUCAUACCAAAAUGUACAAAAACGGAAUAUUCAUCGGAGUCGACAAGGAAUACAUCAUUCUUUUCAUCUUCGUCAUUGCGAAGAGGUGGAUCACCAACUGCAGCAACAACACAUCUAACAGCUUGUAUAAAGGAAUGCCAAUGGUUCAGAGAGAGGUUGUGGUAGCUUUGGCAUCGGUUGCUCAUUCUUCAAAGGAACACUUUGUGAUGGCUUAUGUGCCUCACAUACAAGCUUUUAGAUGUGUUGUUGCUGCAGUUGGUGAUCCACCUCUUCGCAAUGACGAAGAUGAAAAGAAUGAUGCAUUCCUUGUCGACUCCAAUGAAUAUUCUGUUUUUGAUCAUUUUGGAAUAGAAUUCCUUUUGUGUUUUGGUCUUUAUUUUAUCCUCUCCUAUAAAUAAAGGAGAAACUCCUUGUACUUAGCAGAACAAUUCAAUAUACAGAAUAUUUUCCCUCUUAUUAUUUUCUUCAUGGUAUCAGAGCAAGAUUCCUAGGGAAAAACCCUAAUCUAGACAUACGACGGUCCAUCACCGUCCUCCGCCGGUUCAAGCCUGUCUUCCGCCGGAUCACCGACAUCGACCGCCGGACUAUCCUCCUCGACCGUCGACAUGGCAGAAGUAGAAGAAAAUCUCGUCGGCAAGCUUUUCGAUGAGGAAGAAAAAAUCCCUACGAAGGGAAGUUCUUACGAACUCAAGAACGCAGACACACCUGGAU